AUGAUGUUAACACCGUCCCCGGUCGUCUCCUCUGUCAAUGCCUCCCCGAGAAGCAGCUUUCCCAACAUUGGAAGCCACUAUGUUCCCGCCUCCUCGCCCAGACAGUCUUCUCCCCGGGUCCAGGCUGUUGCCAAGUCUCGCCGACAAUCGCAUUCACCAUUGUCAUCCGCCGUCGCUUCUGCUGCUGCCCCAAUAGCUGGGCCCUCGACCUCAACCACGACCACUACCGCUACCACUACCAUCUCGACGACAAUAGCGUCCGCGAUCCCCCCCUCGAAACACUAUGUAGCCGUCGACGCUGCAACCCAGUAUUCACCUAUGGAACGUAUCAAUUAUGCUACAGGGGAACCAUUAUCUCAUACCAAACCCGAAGGAGCCCAACCACACCAAACCCCGCCGACCACGCAGUCACGAGCCAUGGCUGCUCCCGGCGACCACUACGCUGCCCAAGCGGCACCAGCAGCGGCGGUGACACCGGACCCGACCAAGAAGCCCGUCCCGCCGGCCGUUGCGAAGCAGCAGCACCAGCAUACCGAGGCCGUAGCCGCCUCACCCUCAAAACGGCGAAACUCCCAGGGGCCAGGGAGCAGAGGCGCAUCGCCAUCACGAGAUGCGGGACAAAACCCCUCACCCUCUAGCAAGCGCGCAAGGCCAGAACAGUUGCCGUCGAAAGAACUGCCACGAAAAUAUGAAUUUUGCCUCACCGAAGAUAUGGUUGUUUUGAUAGCGCAUAUGCUUGGAGAGCUUAUUGAAACCAACGAUGUGCUUGCUCUGAAGUCAGGCAAUCUUACACGAUUUCACUCACGUACGGCGCCUGGCAUCUCAGUUUUGGAUUACCUUCACCGCCUAGCGAGACAUGCUACUCUCAGCCCACCACUUCUACUCUCCAUGGUUUAUUAUAUCGACCGACUAUGUGCCUGCUACCCCGAAUUCACCAUCAACACGCUGACCGUGCAUCGGUUCCUCAUCACGGCUGCCACGGUAGCAGCAAAGGGCCUCUCAGACGCCUUCUGGAACAACUCGACCUACGCUAAAGUCGGGGGAAUAAAAGUCAACGAGCUUAAACUGCUCGAGCUCGAGUUCCUGUACAGGGUGGACUGGAAAAUUGUCCCCAACCCAGACAUACUUGUGUCGUACUACAAGGGACUUGUGGAGCGGUGUCCAGGAUACGUGCUUGAACGAGAAGAGAUUCCACUCGAAGACGACGGCGAAGACGACGGCGAAGACGAGGGAGAGGACGAUGACAGCGAUGUGCUCGACGACGAGGACGAUGACGACGAGGAUGGUGAUAAUGAUGGGGGCCACGACGAGGAGACAAGGAGCCAGUGCGUGCAAUCACCACGAUUCAAACAAUCGGAAGAAGGGCGUUCACCUUUGAGAUAUCGCUAG